AUGGCAUAUGCCGGCAUAAAGAAUAUGAUGGGGGAUGAGCCACAUCCCAGUCUUCAUACUGCUCUAGUUCCAUCAAAUACGGCGAAGGAUGACCAUGCCAGUUUUGCUAAUGAUGAUGUGAAAUAUGGUGGUCUUCAUAUCACACAGCUGCUUGACUUCCACUUCACAUUUGGAGUAUUUGUCAACCUUCUCCCUGGUCUUAACUUUGAGGGACGUGCAGGAGAGGCAAUUCGCUACUGGUCUCGGAGUCAAGCUCUAAGACGCCUUCAGGUCUCUCUGAAUCAGUUCCGAGAUCUCUGCAUUCUUAAGGGGGUAUAUCCUCGAGAACCCAACAAUCGAAAGAAGGCUCAAAGAGGCUCAAUCGUCCCCAGAACACUCUACUACCGCAAGGAUGUCAAAUUCCUGCUUCAUGAACCCAUAGUUUGGAAACUCCGUGCUUUGAAGGUCUAUUACCGAAAAUUGACCCGAGCACGUGCAAGGAAGGAUGUAGGAGCUAUCAAGAGACUUGAGGAGAACAAGCCUGCCUUUACCCUUCAUCACAUUGUGAAGGAGCGGUAUCCAACUUUCAUUGAUGCCUUGCGAGAUCUGGAUGAUGCUCUCUGCAUGUGUUUCAUGUAUGCAACCUUCCCAACACUUCGGAGCAUCCCUGAGAAGGAGAGGGUGAUCAUGAUGUGCCGAAAACUCACAGUAGAGUUCAUGCACUAUGUGAUUGAGGCCCAUGCCCUUCGCAAGGUAUUUGUGUCCAUCAAGGGCAUCUACUAUCAAGCAGAGAUCCUUGGGCAGAUCAUCACUUGGGUUGUUCCCCAUCAAUUUUCCUACAAGCAUCCCCAUGGACACAAUGUGGAUUUCAAAGUGAUGAACACAUUCACAGAGUUCUACAUGACCCUUAUGUCAUGUGUGAAUUUUCGCUUGUAUCACCUACUGAACAUCCACUACCCACCUAAACUCCAGGGUGUUGUUGGUGUAGAGGAUACAGAAGAGAACCCAAGUGACCUGAUCAGCUGCUUGAGUCAGCCAUUGAGUCGCACUGCACCUGCAGAAGUGGAUGAUGCCUGUCUGGAUGAAUUCCCCACAGAGGAAGACCCAGACAGACUGGAGGAAGCCAAGCGAGAGUUGGAGAAAACAAAAAAGCUUCAGAACCUUUUCAGGGGAUUACGAUUCUUCUUGAAUCGUGAGGUGCCUCGAGAGUCCCUUGUUUUUGUCAUCCGUUCAUUCGGUGGGAUGGUUUCGUGGGAUGCCACAGUGCAUUUAGGUGCUACCUUUCAAGAGGAUGAUCCCUCCAUCACCCAUCAGAUUGUGGAUCGACCCACCAUCACCAAGCAGCACAUGUCCCGGUACUACAUUCAACCACAAUGGGUGUACGACAGUGUGAAUGCAAAAGAACUCCUUCCUGUAUCAUCCUACUUCCCUGGAGCUGUUCUCCCACCCCAUCUCUCUCCUUUUGUUCCGGAGGAAUAUACAACCCAAGAUCUGCCACUAGAUGAUGCAGGACUAUCUACUGAUACAUUGCAAGAAACAACUCAGGAGGAGGAGAAUGAAGAGAAGGUAGAAGAUAUGGAAAGUGAUCAGGAGGAAGAAGAUGAGGUUGAUGAAGAAGAAAGGAACAAAGAAGAUUCAUCUGGAGAAGAAGAAGAAUCAUCUGGGGAAGAAGCAGAAGGGGAAAAAGAAGAUAGCAGGAUUGAGGAAUCAAAGAUGGCAGUGAAGGCUGGGAAGUAUGUGGCUCCUGACAUGAAGAAGGAGAGGGAACAGAUUGAAAAAGAGCAUUUCCGCAUGAGGGAGAUGAUGAUGCGUAAGAAGCAUCGCUGGCUCUAUAAGCGACUACGGAGGAAGGAGAAACGCCAAAAGCAAGAUACUCACAAGUUGCGUCCAUGGCAGAAGGAUCGGGUGAAACAGUUUGUAAGUUUCACAAACACUGGUGAGAAGACAGCGAUAUUUUGCCUGCAGCAGAAUGAGUGGAAGCUGGAACUUGCCUCAGAUAACUACUUCCAGAAUCCUGAAUACUAUUACAAGGAGACUAAGUCCUCCAUUGACAAGAAGAAGCUUGAACACUUCUACAGCAAGUACAGAGGCAAGUUAAUUGAAAUGGUCAAACCUGGACCAAGGAAACCAGCAGCAGGCAGUUUUCUGGGCCAACAGCUCACCCGGCUGCUUUCAGACCCCCAGGAGCCAGAGAAAAUCACAACAGAUGGAGUUGUGCGAUUGUUGGAUGAUCUGGGUUUGAAUCCAGAGUCUCGACUAGUGCUGGUCCUUGCCUGGAAGCUCAAGGCUGCCGCCCAGUGUGAAUUCACCAAGGAAGAAUUCUGCAAUGGCCUCACCGAAAUUGGCUGUGAUAGUGUGGAGAAGUUGAAGAGCAAACUCCCCCUGGUAGAGCUGGAGCUGCGGGAUGCAUCCAAGUUCAAGGAUUUCUACCAGUUCACAUUUGCUUAUGCAAAAAACCCAGGGCAGAAAGGUCUAGACCUGGACAUGGCCAUUGCCUAUUGGAACAUUGUCCUUCAGGGACGCUUCAAGUUCCUUGACCUUUGGUGUCAGUUCCUCCAGGAGCACCACAAACGGUCAAUCCCCCGUGAUACGUGGAACUUGUUGCUGGACUUUGCUAACACGAUCAAUUCGGACUUGAGCAAUUACGACGAGGAGGGGGCGUGGCCAGUGCUGAUUGACGAUUUUGUGGAGUGGGCUCGCCCCAGGAUGCAUCGAGGCACCCGAGUCUAGUGUCCAUGUCAUCUCGCACUUCUUUUCUCCUCUAUCUUUGUUUUUGGUUCUUCCCUGCAGUGAUGCUUGUGGGAUGAUGCCUUCUCAGCCCCCCCCCAUGUUAGUUGUUUUUUUCCCACAUGUUUUCUGUCUGUUAGCGAUUGUGUCUAUCUUGAUAAGAGCAUUGAAAACUGGUUCUAUUCGGA